GUGAUUUUUUGGGGAGGGGUUAGAAAAACCAAUCUGUCAAACUAGAAACGUCAAAAUACGACAACAAAAUUGCUUAACAAUGUUUUAACUAACAGAAAACCCUUAAAAUGGAUUUGUUGACGCAAAGUUUAGACGCUCUUUUGCUUAAAGCUACGAAUGCACAAAAUCAAAACACAGAUACCGCAGCUGUAGAAGCUUUUACAACGUUAAUACUUAAGGAAAAAGAUGGUGCGCAUGUAGGUGUUAAAGUGAUAGCAAUUAGGCUUUUAGCUCCAAAUGAAAAGGAGGUUUUACAAACAUUAAACAUACUAGAUAUAUGCAUGAAUAAAUGCGGGACUGUAUUCCAAAAUGAGGUCGGGAAAUUUAGGUUUCUAAACGAAAUGAUCAAGUUGGUAUCACCUAAAUAUUUAGGUGAUAAAACCCCUGUUAUGGUAAAACAUAAAGUAUUGCAAUUAUUGUAUGUUUGGACUCUUGAUUACCCAAAAGAAGUUAAAAUAAAGGAAGCAUAUGAUAUGCUAAGAAAACAAGGUGUAAUUAGGGAUAUGCCUAACCCAAAUGUAGCACUACAACCGCCAAAUAACAUUAAUAAGCUAACGACUGAUUCCAUUUUUUAUGAUGUGGAAAAACAAAAGUUACUGCAGAGAUUAUUGCAAAGUACUGAUCCAGAGGAUAUACAAGCAGCUAACUGGUUAAUUAAGAGCAUGGUUAAAGAGGAUGAAAAAUUGGCUGAGUUGAAAAGUAAACGAAUAUCAGAACUAGAGUCAAUACAAAACAAUGUGCGUUUGUUAAGUGAAAUGUUGGAUUCUUACAAACCAGGUUGUCAAGAAAUUGAUUUAAUAAAUGAACUUUACCAAAGCUGUGAAAGACUCAAACCCACUAUUUUACAUAUGGCACAAGAUUCUUCUCAUAGCGAGGACAUUUUGGUGGAAGUAUUCGAGACAAGCGACGAAUUACGAGCCGCCCUCCACAAAUACCAAAAAAUAAUUGUAAAGAAAGAAAUUCCCGAAAGCACAACCAAAAAUUUGCUCGAAAUCGACCGCUUGGAACCUACCGAAUGUAGCACGAGUAAAACCGGCAACGUCGACGUUCUGUGCGACAUUUUCGCUUCGUGUGAAGUACCGAACGACGCGGAAGUGCUUCAGCCCGAGCAAGUUCCCAACGGCGGUAACGGAAAGGGCAAAAAUGAUCAGUACAAGGGUCUCGAUGAUUUGGACGUCUUGAGUGAGCAGUUAAUCAAGGAGAACUUGGGGAAGCUAGGCAAUUUUAGAAACAUGGACAAAACUCCAAUGAAUCUCUUGACAAAACAAGACUCCAAAGACAGCAAACCGACCAAAAAACUCGAGGACUUAGACCUGACGUACCUCAUGGGUACAUCCUCCAAUAGCAAAUCUCCGAAAUCGGCUAAAAAUGAUCUCGCGGAAUCUGAUGAUUAUCUAGUGGACAUCACAGAUGAAAAACUAAUCGAUGCAAACGAAGAUCCGAUUAACGGAAAUAAUUUGGAACAAGAGAGCCCUCAAAAAGUUGAAGUCAAUCUUAAAGAUGUUAAUGUAAAACUGGAGAAUAUAAAACCCAGUAAUCUACCUCCAAUUGUGAUUAUAGAUGAUAGAAAUGGAUUGACGGUAACUCUGCAUUCAGCCAAAGACAAACCCAAGGAAAAUGUUUUUGUUUAUGUGAUUACAACAAUUAGUAAAAGUGAGUUGCCAUUGAGUAACUAUCUUUGCCAGGCCAUAGUCUCAAAAGGUUGUAAAAUUAAACUUCAGCCCCCCUCGACAACAAAUCUUCCAACUUACAACGCUUUUUUGCCCCCCACUGCAAUAACGCAGGUAAUUCUGUUGGCGAACCCAAAUAAAAUGAGCGUUUCGAUAAAAUUCAUCGUCAGUUAUGUUAUCGACGAUGAAAAUAUUACGGAGAUGGGGGAAGUCGAGGAUUUGCCAUUAAUUGACUAAGUAUUGUUUUUUUAUUAGUAUAAUGGAAAAAUUAUUUUUUUUAUUGUGAUUAUAUACGUACUUUUUGUUCCUGUUUUUCAGUAUUAUACCUAUAGGCUUUUUGCUUAUUUUAACCAGAGA